AUGGAGAGGCUGAAGGCAACAGUGAAUGACACCUCAGAAAAAGCAGUUUGCCCCCUGAUAGAGAGCUAUAAGCAUAUUUUACUACCCUUUGCCUACAGCUGUGUGUUUGUGCUGGGGCUGCUCCUAAAUGGUGCCAUGCUAUGGCUGUGUUGCCGCACUAAAGAGUGGACCUGCACCACCAUCUACCUGGUGAACUUGGCAGUGGCUGAUCUCUUCUACCUCUGCUCUCUGCCUCUGCUUAUCAUUAAUUAUAGCAUGCAGGAUAAAUGGCCCUUUGGAGAGUUCCUCUGCAAAAUGGUACGUUUCUUGUUUUAUUGCAACCUCUAUGGCAGCAUCUUGCUGUUAACUUGCAUCAGCAUCCAUCGCUUUCUGGGAGUUUGCUACCCCAUCCGUUCACUCCCUUACAGGACCAGGAGACUGGCUGCCAUUGGCACUGCUGUGUGCUGGGUACUGGUAUUUCUGCAACUCUUGCCCACCGUAAUCUAUGCUCGCACUGGUACCAUCAAUAACCACACCGUCUGCUUUGACAUGACUAGCCCUGACAACUUUGGCAACUAUUACUCCUAUGGCAUGGCUCUCACUGCAUCUGGUUUUGUCCCCCUUUGUCAUCAUUUUAAUCUGCUACUGUUUGAUGAUCAGAAGCCUGAU